CGCCGUCGCCGUCGACACUUCCUAUCCACUGGCUAUCACUUCAAAUACAAUAUCAGUAUGAGCCAGCAGGUGAAAUGCAAAGGCAUAAGAGCGCGGAUAGGGGCCGCGACGCGCUACCGGUACCUGUUCCUGCUGGCCACCGUGUGCGGCAGCGCCUUCCUGCUGCUCUCCAUGCACCAUGGCGGCGAGCUGCUGCUCCUUGCGCGCGAGCCCCUCGCAACCGCCUGGCAUCACCACUACGACCUGCUCGACGAUGACGCUUUCACCAUAAACACUGAAGGCUGCACCAUACCCGGCAUGCAACCCUUAGAUGAUACCAUCAAAAAGUACGUCAUACCACCCAGUUCCCUAAAGGCAUGUCACGAGACUAACUUCUCUCUCCUACAUAAUAACGCCACCCACAUUUGGAUAAAGAAUGAGUAUCUUGAAUACUUCCGCAACCCCAUCGGCGACGUCAAUCUCACUUGUUGCUAUAGAGGGUUCUACCGACCUUCUUCUAUUGCUGACAUUUACUCCAAAAAAGUAGACGAUAGAGUUAAAUAUAAAUCAUGCAUAUAUUUCGUAGACUCAAUAGAAGUCGUAAACGAAUACGUUCAAGUAACUUGCGAAUAUAAUUUUCGAUCUAUAUACGAACAAUACUUUUUAUUCGCCCCAAAAAAGCCAUUAAUGACUAACGGUGAUAAUUUUGUAGAAAUAAACCAAAAUAAAUCAUACAACAUUAUAAUUAUGGGCAUGGAUGCUAUUUCUAGACUCAACUUUCACAGAACUAUGCCUAAAACGUUAGCCUUCCUACAAAAGAGAGAAGCCAUUGAGUUAAAAGGGUACAAUAAGGUAGGCGAUAAUACUUUUCCAAACCUAGCCCCUGUACUGUUCGGAAUAAAAGUUACGGAUUUAAAGAGAACAUGUUGGCCGAGAGAAAGUUCAACAUUUGAUAACUGCCCUUUUAUUUGGGAGUGGUACAAAGAUGCAGGUUACUACACCGCAUUUGGAGAAGACAGUGCAUUUCUGGGUACAUUCAACUUCCAAAAAUUUGGUUUCAGUGGCACCCCUACCGAUUACUAUAUUCGUACGUUUGUGCACGAAGCCGAAGUGCAUACUGGUAAUAACAAAGACUUUAACACUUUUAUAUGUAUGGGAAAUAAAUAUUUUUAUAAAGUUCUUUUAGAUUACAUUGAGAGUCUUACCAACACCUUGAAAGAUUCCAGGUUGUUUGGCUUCUUCUGGGAAGUAACAAUGAGCCAUGAUUAUUUGAAUUACCCUGUAGCUAUGGACGAUGAUUAUGAAAAUUUUUUGAUAAACCUUGAUAGAUCAGAAUAUUUAAAUGACACAAUCUUAAUUUUAUUAAGUGAUCAUGGAAUUCGAUGGGGCGAUAUUCGAUUCACCAAACAAGGUCGUCUGGAAGAAAGGUUACCACUAGCAUACAUGUUGCUGCCACCUACGUUUCGUGAAAACUACGAUUUAGCGCACAAUAAUUUGAAAAUCAAUAGCCAGCGACUAACAACGCCUUUUGAUCUGCAUGCGAUGCUGGCGGAUCUCGUUAAUUUAGAUAAAAUUAAGAAUGAAAACAUACAGAAACUAAUGGCAACCUCUUACUCACACCAAAGUUCAAUCAGUCUUUUCCUCCCCAUACCCAAGAAUAGAACUUGUGAAACCGCGGGCAUCGAUGAUCACUGGUGCACGUGUCAUAAAUACCAUAAAGUGCCUCAAGACAGUGCAGCGGCCCUCGAGGCCGCCGGGAAUUUAAUACGACAUCUCAACUAUCUUUUGCGAGGACAUGAACCGAUAUGUGCGAAAUUGAAACUGGCUAGUAUAUUGGAUGUGACGGAGUUGGAAGCAGGGACGCCUGCAGAACAUGAGGCGGGAUGGAAGGAGUACAUGGUGGUGGUACGCACUACGCCCGGAGAUGGAGUUUUCGAGGCCACCCUCCGCCAUGAUCACAGAGAAUGGAAACUAGGCGGCACUAUCAGCAGACUCAAUUUGUAUGGUGAACAAAGUCAUUGCAUGCACCAUUACCAGUUAAAAUUAUACUGCUAUUGUUUAGAUAAAUUCGGAAGUUCAAAUGCCGUUAGACCCUCGUACUUAUUUAAAUGAAAAAAAUGUAUUAAUUUUGAUUUGUAUUCUACGUUUCUCUAUUUUGGAUUUUUUUAUGUAUGUUUUGUUGAGUGUUUGCAUGAUCAUAUCCAUACAACAAACGUGUAAGUUGGCUGGCUUAUAUUUUACACGACCGAACGUGAAUUGGUUUACUACUGUGUUAAGCAGGUACGCAUUGUAGUCUCUGUUAACAAACACUUGAUGCCAUAAAAAUCCGAUUAAGUCAUACAAUGUAGGACUAGUAAUGUGACGCUGUUUUUAUAUGGUAGAAACACGCUAAGAUUUGUCGUCCUUUAGAUUAUGGUAGUUAACCUCAUUUGUGAUGUGACGUUUCAUUUAUAUGGCGAAUGGCAAUGAAGUGGAAUUCCCUGCCUGCAGACUCAUUCUCUGAACGUUACAACUUGGAUCUUUUCAAGGCGAGAGGGAAUAGUCAUUAUUUGGGUGUGCAAGUACACAAGCUUCAUCGUCGACCACAUUGUUGUCAUAUUCCAUCAAGUGGUGUUAGCACUUAUUUUUAUAAAAAAAAAAAAUUAAAAAAAGACAUGUACUGAAUUAUUAAUACAUAAUAAAUAGGUAAUCAACGACAAGUCAUGUCUGAUCUUUACUGCAG